GGCUUUACAGUGGGACUUCAUCCAGAAUACUCAGCCUUUCAUGGUCAAAGUGUUCCAGCAGCCUGCAGCAGCUUGUAUUUUCUCACCUGCACACAGAUCAUAUCGGGUCAUCUGAGGCCAAACUAAAACACGUCAUCCCAAACAGGAUCCUUGGAGUCUGGAGAGGAUAUAAGGCACCUUUGUGAAGACAUGUGAACUGAACAAUGAGGGCUGUUGGUUUGCUGCUGCUGCUGCUGGCUUUGUGUGGGUCAGGAGCUCAGGGUGAGCUUCAGGAGACCGCUCCUAGAGAUCCAGCUGAGGAACCGACCGAGCAGACCACAUCUGACAUCUGGGCAGAGGUGAGGGCUCUGAGAGACAUGGUGGUGGAGCUGCUGCAGAGAGAGAACUCAGACCUGCAGGCCAGACUGAGCAACAGUGAGUCCAGGACCGAAACGCUGAUGUCUUUGGAAACUCGACUGACUGCCACCGAGAGCAAAACAAGUGACCUAGAAACAGAGAAUGCAGACCUGCAGACCAGACUGAGCAGCAGUGAGAGUGAACUUCUCAUCAGCAAGUCCAAGAUCGAGACGCUGGAGAGAGAAAAUGCAGAGAGAAAGGUGGCCUUUUACACAGCUCUGACUGAUUCAGGACAUUUUGGACCAUUCAACACAGACAUCACACUGAAAUACAGCAGAGUCUCCACCAACAUUGGCGAUGCUUACAAUCCAUCUACAGGUUUCUUCACAGCUCCAGUCAGAGGGGUCUACUACUUCCAGUUCACUCUGUGUGGUGCCCAAACAAGUGGCAUGGGUGUCUACGUGUACAAGAACAACGGAGGGAUCAUGUGGAAUCAGGAGUGGAAGGAAGAGAAAGGUUGGGAAUACAUGACUAACUCUGUUGUCUUGGAGCUGAUGGCAGGAGAUGAAAUCCACCUCGUCCUCCCAUCAGGCCUUUCUCUCUAUGACGAUAUAUACAACCAGAGCACCUUCAGUGGCUCCCUCCUCUUCACACUGUGAGGAUUCCUUCAGCUGCUGUGUGACUCCUUAUUGGCUACACUGUGAUUUACUGCAUGUACCAAAUAAUGAGAUUCUGCAUCUGACUUCUCUGUUGUGUCAUCACAUGAAAGCAACAUUGAAAUAAAUCUAUGAAGCAUUCAGAAAA